GUGCGCUUUUCAUCCCAAGAUGGCGGCCGCCACGUCCUCUGAAAGAGUUGGAGGAUCAGUCGAAAAUUUGACAGAAAUAAGUGAAAUCCAAACUGCUCUGGUGAAACUCUCAAAGGAAGAGCAAUCAGUUACAGAUGAGAUUGAUAUGUUACUGGAUCACCAUGGCCAUCUUGAGGCUAAAAUGAACUCCUUGCAUAGAAUGGGUCCCAACUUACAGCAUGUGUCAUUGGAUGCCAAAAAGCUUAGUGGAAUGAUAGGCUGCACUUCAGAGCUAGCAGAGAAUGUUAGCAGUAAAGUCAGACAGCUUGAUCUAGCCAAGAGUCGAGUUCAAAGUGCCAUUCAGAGAGUCAAUGAUAUCUUAGAUUUAAAGUUUUGUACUGAUGGAGUUCAGACAGCUUUGCAAUCCGAGGACUAUGAAAAGGCAGCUGGUCACAUCCAUCGCUAUCUCACCCUAGAUGAGAAGGUCCUCAAACAGGCAUUACCAGAUGCAAGGGAAGGAAGCAGCAUCGAUGCAUCCCUCAAGGUACUUCAUGAAGGAGAACAGAACCUGAAGGCAUUGGUCAGGAAGAAGCUAGACCAAGCCAUCAGUUCCUCCGACAGACCUUCUGUAGAACGCUUCUUCAAGAUCUUUCCUUUGCUGAAUCUUCAUGAAGAAGGCCUGACCAAGUUUUCUACUUAUUUACAGGCUCAGAUUGUGAGUAAUGCAAGGGAACACCUUGAAAUAGCGUCCAGUGUUGAUAGCUCUGAUAGAAGAGCUGGUGUAUUGUAUGCAGAUGCUCUGACAAACCUCUUUGAAGACGUCGGCAAGAUCAUUGAAGUCCAUCAACCACUUGUGGAAACAUAUUACGGUCCUGGCAAAUUAUUAACAUUGAUAGAGUCUCUUCAGAAGGAAUGUGAUAAGCAAGCCCAGAAGAUUAUCAAUAAGUUUGUAGAACAGAGAGAGUUUAGUAGGAAGUCGCAGCAGGUUCAACAAAGCUUCAACAGGACAACCUACAAGUCUUCUAAUGUCCAUGACAAGUUAGACCCUAGAGAUCUUGAUGUGUUACUUGCAGAGUGUACCUUACUGAAUGCACGGACAGAACUCUACCUUAGAUUUAUCAGGAGGAGAGUUACAAGUGACAUAGAGGUUUGUGACGAGGAUGGCCCCGUCAAGGAAGAGAGACUAUCUUGCCUAGAACGUAUGCUACGUGACUGCACCCUCAGUAGACGAAUGCAGGAGAUCAUAGGUAGCUACAUCGUCAUGGAGGAAUACUUCAUGAGAGAAACGGUUAUGAAGGCAGUGAAUAUGGAUAUAAUAGAGCCAGGUACGCAUACAUCAAGUAUGGUGGAUGAUAUCUUCUUCAUUCUCAAGAAGUGUACAAGGAGAGCUGUAUCCAGUGGGAGUGUGGACUGUGCGUGUGCAAUGUUGAACCACACUAGUACGUUACUGGAGAGUGACUAUCGAGAUGUUUUAUAUGGCAAGUUGAGGGCGGGCUUCCCAUCUGGGUCAUUUGACGUCGGUCAGGCGUACAGUAUGCUCCAGCAGGGCCGGCUUCCUACGUCAGCCUCAGAUACAAAUGCUGCAAAACUAGAAUUUCUGACUACCCUGAACAAUGUAGAAGUAAGUAUAGAGUACACACAGACACUCAAGAAGAGUCUGGUAGAGGAAUGUGCAAGUCUAGUCAACCAGAAUGGUGGAAUGAGCAAAGAUAAGCUGGAUAUGUGCCUUAAUGAACUCACAACACAUACACACAAAUUUAAAGAUGUUCUUGAGUAUGGUCUAAGUCAACUCAAUACCAGUGCCAUCAAGCCAAGAAUCAAACCUAUGGUAGAUGUCUUCCUAUCAACGAGUCAUAACAUUAGUGAAGAAGAAUUCUCAAACUACGAAGCCAAUGAUCCUUUUGUACAGGAUUUCAUCAUGAACCUUGAACAGCUGCUUAAUGAAUUCAAAGAUCUUCUAACAUCCAGUAACUAUGAUGCCUUGGUCAGCCUCUUGACAAAUGAAGUCACUGUGCAGCUUGAGAAAGCUGUUCUUAAAUCAGUCUUUAACAGGCUUGGUGGUCUUCAGUUUGACAAGGAGUUGAGGUCACUGGUGGGUUACCUGACCUCGGUCACCCAGUGGACGAUAAGAGACAAGUUUGCCCGGCUGACACAGAUGGCUACCAUCUUGAACCUAGAUAGGGUGACUGAGAUUCUGGAUUACUGGGGAUCAAACUCAGGACCUUUGACCUGGAGGUUGACCCCUGCAGAGGUCAGACAAGUGCUUUCUUUAAGGUUAGACUUCCGAUCUGAAGAUAUCAAGAGGUUAAAACUAUGAGCUGAAUGCCAUAUUACUUUAUAAAAGGAUGGUAAAAAUAUAUUUUUCGUCUACAAGACUUCAGAGUAUUAAUUACCCGGAGUGUCAAUAUCCAUUUGCCAUUAGCUGCACUGCGAUAUGGAAGAAUAAUGAAUGUUUGAGUAGCGAUAGUGCAAAUUAAUUACUAUGUUGGUUCAAAUGGAAUAUCAUGU